CAGGUAUAAAGGGGAGCCGGCGGGCAGCGCGCGGCACCGCGCAUCGGCGGCGGCACCGGCGUCCUCCUCCGCGCAGCCCCGCACCGCCGCGCGCAGCCCCGCACCGCCGCGCGCAGCCCCGCGCCGCCGAGAGGAAAUCAUGGUUAUGCUGAAGAUUUCAUCUUUCCUUGCUGUUUAUGCCUUGGUUGUGUGCCAGAUGGACAGCUUCCAGGCAGCCCCAGUCAGACCUGGCUUGGAAUCCAUAACAGAUCGAGUGACGCUCAGUGAUUACGAAGCUCGGAGGUUAUUAAAUGCGCUGGUGAAAGAGUUCAUACAGAUGACAGCAGAAGAGCUGGAGCAAGCCUCUGAGGGGAACAGCAGUGUAACAGCACAGAAGAGGGCAUGCAACACAGCAACCUGUGUGACCCAUCGUCUGGCGGACUUCCUGAGCAGGUCAGGAGGAGUGGGCAAGAACAACUUCGUACCAACCAACGUGGGAUCCAAGGCCUUUGGCAGGCGAAGAAGAAGCGUUCAAAAAUAAAAAGCGGAAUGAUAAUGUGAAUACGAUUGCCAUGACACUGAAAAUUCAACUUCAAUUUCUAACAAAAGCAACUCUUCUCCAUAAAUAAAGACAGCCAAAAAGAAGCUUAAUUUUGCAUCCUAAUAUUGAAAAUGUUAUUUAAUACAAAUGAAAACACUUCUGUGAUGUAUAGUACGAGAGAAUCUAGUUAUUAAAGUUAAAUUAUUGUAUAUUCUUUUUAUAUGCAACUCUAUUUCAAAUAAAAUGUGACAGCAUCUAUUAUUUAUUUAUCUUCCAGCUUAUGUGAUCCAUGCUACUUAUCCUGGCACUGCUGCCACAACUCGGGGAUUAUACUAAACUGCUGCCUGGCAAGGCAUAUGUGUAUUAUAUGGUGUGCUGUGCCUUGAUGUAAAACACUUAACUAACCUGAUUGUACAGUAUGUUUAAAAAAAAAACCCAAACCACACUUCAAUAUUGUAUCAUUUGUGAAUUUAUGCAAAAUUAAAAAAAGUAUUUUAGAUACA